AUUUUGGAUCCCGACUAUAUCGAAACAAGAUGGCGGCCUCCAUGAUUAGACGAGUAAUGCAAUCGCUGCCGAUUUUUCGUAGCAAAGUUCCGGUUUUCACCACCAAUCGUCAAAUUUUACAGUCACUGAAGCCACAGACUGCGAUAUGCAGAACCAUCACACAACAACAGAUGGAAAAGAACAAGAAACAGUUCCAGAAACGGAUGUUUCAGUACCUUAUGGUGAUAGUGAUUGUGGCUGUAAUUUCGCCGUACGUACGUGACCUACGGUUUGCCAGCUUCGAGCCUCGUCGAGACAAAAAGCGCCGAAAACUACAGGCCUUGAAAGAAGCAGAAGAACGUGAGAAACUUGGUGACAAUUUUCAGCAGACUGAAAGUGAUCAUAAUAUCAGUUCGAGUGAUGAUUCAUUUAGGCCGAUCACUCAGGAGGAACAAAGCAGUGUUUUCCCUGUGGUCAAAGCAGCCAAAGUUUUUGAUGAGGGUGAUGGCUACGUUCCUCCCCGCUCAAACCGAUUCAACUUCAUCGCUGAUGCAGUGGAUAUAGCAGCACCUUCUGUAGUCUACAUAGAAAUACAAGGAAGGCAUCCUAUGAUGGGCAGGCAACAGGUAUCAAUCUCCAAUGGGUCUGGUUUCAUCGUCAGCCAAGACGGCCUCAUACUCACCAAUGCCCACGUGGUUGCCAACAAGAUCCGGGGCCCGCAGUCAGUCAAGGUCAAGCUUCCAGAUGGGCGGAUGGUCGACGGCCACGUGGUCGCAGUGGACUCUGUGUCCGACCUGGCAGCUGUCAAAAUUGAUGAUGGUAAGAAUCUGCCGGUCAUGAAGCUAGGCAAGUCUUCCCAUCUACGGCCGGGCGAGUGGGUGAUUGCCAUGGGUAGUCCCCUGACGCUAAGUAACACCAUCACAGCGGGCAUUGUCAGCACCGUCAGCCGAACCAGCAAAGAACUAGGACUCAGCAAAGACAUUGACUACAUCCAGACUGAUGCUGCUAUCAACUUUGGCAAUUCCGGUGGUCCACUAGUCAACCUGGACGGAGAGGCCAUAGGAAUCAACACCAUGAAAGUCACUUCCGGGAUUUCCUUUGCCAUUCCCAUUGACAAUGCCCGGGAAUUCCUGGAGGAAGUCCAGAAGAGGAUGAAGUCAGGAGAUGCCAGCCAGGGGUGGACAGGCUGGUUCGCAGGUGGCAAGAAAUCCCCCAGCACACAGGGUGACAAACGGGGUUACAUCGGCAUCACCAUGCUGACCUUGAACCCCGGCCUACUCAAUGACCUCAAGUCCAGGAUGGCCGACUUCCCCAAUGUUUCACAUGGUGUGCUGGUCUACAGGAUCAUCGUUGGAUCUCCUGCUCAAGUGGCAGGCAUGAAGGCUGGUGACAUCAUCACCCACAUUGACGGCAAGCCAGUCAAGUCAGCCACGGCAGUCUACAACGCUGUGCACACCCUGCAGAAAAUGGAAGUGGCGGUCGUUAGGGGUUCCAGCUCACAAAAGUUGACCCUGACACUUAUGCCUGAGGAAGCCCAGUGAUGUCGUAUUCAGAGGUCAAAGGUCUAAUGAGUCCUUCCCGGAUGCAUGUGAAACGUGCAUUAAAGUCGACAGCGAUAAGUUUUCACUGUAAUGCGCCAGUACCUAAAAGAAAGCAAUUAACAAGAAAACCUGAUUUGAACACGGCUGUACACUGAGUUCAGGUGAAGUUUAAGGUCAAAGUUUACUGACAGUUGUUACCUUUGUAAGAAGAUGGUUGUGAGUUUGAAAGUUAAAAGACUUGAAUGUGGGAAGGUUUUCCAACCUCAGUUUAUCUCCAGUUCCAGAAUAAACUCAACUAUGGUUAAUACAGAUUUGGUUGUAAACAAACUUCUGGUUAAAAUGGGAAUUCUCGGUCCCGACCGUGCUCUUACAUGCACAAUGAAUGGGAAACCAGCGUUUCUUCAACUCUUCAGCUACUGUAGCGCCGAAAAGUGCCCGAGCACUCAAUGGUUUUAUUGAUUUUUCAGUGAAUACAAUGAAGUCCAGGUGCCAACGGGCCUGAAUCCUCCAAUUUUAAUACGAUUUUGCACACCUCCUAGGGAGUUAGGAUAUAAAUUUGGAUAUAAAAAAAAACAUUUUGGCUGGAUCGUGACGAUUUUUUAUCAAUUGGAAUGCACUUUAAUUAAGGAGCUUUUAAUGUCCGUACACGUGCUGCUUUUGACCUAUUAUAUCAUUUGGACGUUCAUUAGCAGAAAGUGGACCCGGUACGAAGUCCAUGUCUCCCAUGUUAGGGACCUAAAAAUCGGCUGAACGCCAAAACCAAGCCCAUGUUCCAAAAUCUCCCACGUUGAUACCAAAAGAUUUAAUUUAUGGUGGUUGGAUACAACUUUACUGCUUGAUAUUGGCACAAACAAGGUCACAAUUUAUUGUCAUCAAGGGUUUAAAAGUCCGAAAACCUUUUUCUUUUCACUUUAUGCCACUCUGCUGUGUAAUAAACUUGCACCUUUAGGGUUUAGAGUUUUUACAGUGGAAGUAAAUGUAUUAUAAGUCAACGAUGUAUUUGUUGAUGUGUUUUUAGUGAUGUGAAUCAAUAAAAAAAACUUUGAGAGAAAUUACUUGUCAAUCAAAAUGGAGGUAUCUCAUAAUUUGCAGGUUUUGCUCACAUUCAGCAUGAAGGAACUCUUGUACCAGAAAAGACGUACACACACACACACUGUAGGUUAUAAACAAAUUGCUAAUAUUUAUUUACUUGGGAUGAAAAAUUUCAAAUUACGUUAGAUAUUAUUCUCUAAGUAUGUAAUGUGAAAAACAUCUCAAUAUAUAUGAGUGUUUGUAGGCUCACAUCAGCAGCCAUGAAAUAUACAUGCCUUAACAUACCACAUAUCAAAAUAUUUAAUUAAAAUUCAAAAUUAUAAAAAAAACAAAGAUAGAAACAUUUUUAAUGCAUAAUCCAAAUUAAUAAUUGCACAAUCAUAUAGUAACACGUUCUGUUAGACAAAAGUGGAGAUAAUUUUUUU